CACCACACCAGUCCCUUAUAUUUUUCCCACGUGUUCGGAAAACAAUAACAAAUAUAAUCAGUACAACACACACGACCACCUAGUUAACAGUGUGAACUUAAAAAAUGUGCGACAUUAGUGCUAAUAGAAAACCCUUCGUAGUUGUAAUAUUUUUGAAUUUUUGUACAACAUUGCUAGCCGUAGCUCAAGUUAAUUUACCCCCUGCUUUCAUACCCAACCCUAGUAGUACUAUCAGACCGUUUAGAGAUGAUCGUAGAUUUGAUCACGUAGGUUUUUCAUCAUCUACCCCUUACCCGUUCAGUAGCACCUCUCCGGUUACCCCUUUCAGAGACUUUCCUUAUAACCCCAACGAUCCUAGAAACGAUUACGAUCAAAAUUUCGGACAGAGACCUAGCGAUUUACCACCAAAUUUCGUACCAAAAAAUAACGAUGUUAACCCCCAAGAUUUCAAUAGGCCGUUAAAUCCGAAUAAUGGUGGAGGCAGGGGGUUCGACGAUGAUUUCGGUAGGAGGAAUAGAGUCGAGGGAGACAUUAGGGGUUUGUUGCAAGCUUUGGAUAUACAAGCGAGUCAAAUGUGUACGAGUAAUGUAGCGGCUCAAUGGAAUUUCGAGACUAAUAUUAAUCAAGCGACUCAACUGGAUGCUAUAAACGCACAACAAUUUUAUGCAGAAUUUCAACAUGGCGUCUGGGACUUACUUAACAAAGUGGGAAAUAUAAAUAGUUUAGAUCCACAAACUUACAGACAAAUUAGAUACUAUUCUGUAAUUGGUCCUUCAGCUCUGCCACCAGAAGAACUAGACAGAUACAACAGACUUAUAAACGACAUGCUAGCCAUAUACAACACUGCCUCUAUAUGCGGAUAUAAUGACCCCUUCCAUUGUGGAUUGAGACUGCAACCCGAUCUUGCUAAAAUUAUGGCUAAAAGUAGAAACUGGGAGGAGCUGGCUCAUGUCUGGACGGAAUGGAGAAGAAAUUCUGGACAAAAAAUGAAAGACACGUACGAACAGAUGAUUAGACUUUCAAAUCAAGCUGCAAGAGCAAAUAAUUUUACGGAUACCGCCGAUUAUUGGAGCUUCCCUUUCGAAUCGCCAGCACUGACUUUAGACCUAGAGGAUGCCUGGGAAGAAAUCAAGCCACUGUAUGAACAACUUCUGGCCUACGUUAGACGACGAUUAAGGGAAUACUAUGGACCUGAAAGGAUAAGCAGACAAGCACCUUUGCCAGCUCAUGUUUUAGGAAACAUGUGGGCCCAAUCAUGGACGAAUAUUUUCGAUAUUACCCAACCUUAUCCUGGACAGAAUUUCUUGGAUGUCACGCCAGAGAUGAUCAAGCAGGGAUACUCGCCUCCAGAUCUGUUUAGGCUAGCAGAAGACUUCUUCGUUUCUCUAAAUAUGAGCGUACUUCCUCUAGAUUUUUGGCAAGGCUCUGUACUACAGGAACCAUUGGAUAGAGUAGUACUUUGUCAGCCAUCCGCUUGGGACUUUUGCAAUCGCAGAGACUUCAGGAUAAAAAUGUGUACGAACGUUAAUAUGAAGGAUCUUAUAACUGCUCACCACGAGAUGGCUCAUGUUUAUUAUUUUAUGCAUUACAAAAAUCAACCUAAGGUGUUUAGAGAUGGUGCCAAUCCAGCCUUCCAUGAAGCGAUUGGAGAAGCCAUAGGUCUCUCUGUCGGUACCCCACGACAUUUACAAGCCCUAGGCCUCGUCCAAAAAUCAAUAGAUCGACUAGCAGUCGACAUCAACUUCUUGUAUUCCAUGGCUUUGGACAAAAUAGCUUUCUUACCUUUCGCUUAUGUCAUGGACAAAUGGAGGUACGACGUUUUCACAGGAGCUGUUCAAAAGGAGGAGUACAAUUGCCAUUGGUGGCUUCUAAGUGAAAAAUAUCAAGGCAUCAAACCUCCAGUGUUGAGAUCAGAAAUAGACUUCGAUCCUGGUUCAAAAUAUCAUAUUCCUUCUAACAUUCCAUAUCUCAGAUACUUCGUUAGCACCAUUCUUCAAUUCCAAAUCUACAGAUCUCUGUGUAUCGCCGCAGGUCAGUACUCGCCCAAUGAUCCCUCGCGUCCUUUGCACGAGUGUGACAUCUACAGGAGCAAAGAGGCAGGAAAAAUUUUAAUGCAAAUUAUGGAAAAAGGAUCAUCACAACCUUGGAGAGACGUCCUGUUCCAAGCCACGGGAGAAAGCAGAUUGGAUGGUAGAGCUUUAAGGGAAUACUUUAGACCUCUAGAAGAUUGGCUAAGGAAUGAAAAUCUAAGAACUGGUGAAUUCGUAGGUUGGCUCUACGACGGUGAUUACUGCAAACAAAGCAUAGAGACAGCAGGUCUACAAGUAUAUGGCGGAUUCUAUAAUAAUUCUAUCAAAUCCGUACCCACAAGUGUUCUACUUUUAGUACUAUUAUUAACAAUUUUCAUGUAUAGGAAAUUAACAUUUUAAUUUAUUAUUGUGUUCACUAGACUACCUAUAAUAAACCGGAACCAACCAGUAAAUACUAAAACAAAGAAAAC